UAACUUCCUCUCCUGUGACAGGGAAGAUAAAUAUUAGCGAAACAAAAGCCCAGAAUGCUAAGGUUGCCACUCUCACUUCCUCUUGCCCCUUAACCCAGAACUGCUUUGAAUACAGUAAUUGGUGUGGGGCACCGGCCAGGAGAGAAGACACCAGUGCCUCAAAGACUCUGCUUGGUCAGGUGGCUACAGUGCACCAUGUUUUCAAAGGACCACUGCUGUUCACAGAAGAUGCCAGGAUGAUGUCUCCCACACGCCUGGCUGGGACUCUCGUCCCAGCCAUGGCCUUCCUCUCCUGUCUGAAACCCGAAACCUGGGAGCCCUGUGUAGAGGUGGUUCCUGACAUUACUUACCAAUGCAUGGAGCUGAAUCUCUACAAAAUCCCCGACAACAUCCCCUCCUCAACCAAGAACCUGGACCUGAGUUUUAACCCCCUGAGGCACUUAGGCAGCCAUAGCUUCUCCAGUUUCCCAGAACUGCAGGUGCUGGAUCUAUCCAGGUGUGAAAUUCAGACUAUUGAAGAUGCUGCAUAUCAGAGCCUAAACCACCUCUCCACCUUGAUAUUAACAGGAAACCCUAUCCAAAGUUUAGCCCUCAGAGCCUUCUCUGGACUAUCAAGUUUACAGAAGCUGGUGGCUGUGGAGACUAACCUAGCCUCUCUAGAGAACUUCCCCAUUGGACAUCUCAAAACCUUGAAGGAGAUUAAUGUGGCUCACAAUCAUAUCCAUUCUCUCAAGUUACCUGAAUAUUUUUCUAACCUGACCAAUCUGGAGCACUUGGAUCUUUCCAAUAACAAGAUACAAAAUAUUUAUCAUAAAGACUUGCAGGUUCUACAUCCAAUAUCCCUAAUCAACCUUUCCUUAGACUUGUCCUUGAACCCUAUAGACUUUAUCCAAUCUGGUGCCUUUAAAGAUAUUAGACUCCAUAAACUGACUUUGAGAAGUAAUUUCAAUAGUAUGAAUGAAAUGAAAACUUGUAUUCAAGGUCUGGCUGGUUUAAAAGUCCAUCAGUUCGUUCUGGGAGAAUUUAGAAAUGAAAGGAACAUGGAAGACUUUGAUAUAUCUGUCCUGAAUGGACUGUGUAAUUUAACCAUUAAAGAAUUCCGGUUUGCAUGCUUAUACCACGACUUCAGUGAUGCUACUGACUUAUUUAAUUGUUUGGCAAAUGUUUCUACAAUUUCCCUCAUUCAUUUGAAUUUGGAUCGGCUAGAAGGUCUUCCUAAUAAUGUAAGAUGGCAAUCUUUAGAAUUAGUUACAUGUAAACUUGAACAAUUUCCUACAUUGGAAAUCCCCUCUCUCAAAAGAUUUAUUUUCACUGCCCACAAAAGUGGGUACACUUUUGCAGAAUUUAAGCUACCAAGUCUUGAGUUUCUCGAUCUCAGUAGAAAUGGCUUGAAUUUCAAGGGUUGCUGUUCUCACACUGACUUUGGGACAACCAAACUGGAGCAUUUAGAUCUGAGCUUCAAUGCAGUUAUUACCAUGAGUUCAAACUUCCUGGGUUUAGAACAACUAAAAUAUCUGGAUUUUCAGCAUUCCCAUUUGAAACAGACUAGUGAUUUUCCAGUAUUCCUAUCCCUCAAAAACCUACUUUACCUUGACAUUUCUUAUACUAAUAUUCUAGUUGCCUUUCGUGGCAUCUUCAAUGGCUUGUCCAGUCUCCAAACCUUGAAAAUGGCUGGCAAUUCAUUCCAGGGCAACCUCCUUCCAGAAAUCUUCACAAACCUGAGUCACUUGACCUUCCUGGACCUCUCUGAGUGUCAACUGGAGCACGUAUCUCAGGAAGCAUUUAAUUCACUCCUCAGACUUCAGUUACUAAAUAUGAGCAACAAUCACCUCGUUUCUUUGGAUUUAUGUCCUUACCAGCAUCUUAAGUCACUCCAGGUUCUGGAUUACAGUUUCAAUCGCAUAGUGACUUCAAAAAAGCAAGAACUACUGCAUUUACCAAGUAGUCUAACUUUCUUAAAUCUUACUCAGAACGCCUUUGCUUGCACUUGUGAACACCAAAGUUUUCUGCAGUGGGUCAAGGACCAAAGACAGCACUUGGUGCAAGUUGAACAAAUGGUAUGUGCAACACCUUUAGAUAUGCAGGAAAUGUCUGUGCUGAGUUUUAGGAAUGCCACUUGUCAGAUGAGCAAAACCAUCAUUAGUGUGUCAGUGCUCAGUGUGCUUGUGGUAUCUUUUGUAGUAGUUCUGGUCUAUAAGUUCUAUUUCCACCUGAUGCUUCUUGCUGGCUGCAAAAAGUACGGUAGAGGUGAAAGCACCUAUGAUGCUUUUGUUAUUUACUCAAGCCAGGAUGAAGAUUGGGUAAGGAAUGAGCUAGUAAAGAAUUUAGAGGAAGGGGUGCCCCCAUUUAAGCUCUGCCUGCACUACAGAGACUUUAUUCCUGGUGUGGCCAUCGCUGCCAACAUCAUCCAGGAAGGUUUCCACAAAAGCCGGAAGGUGAUCGUUGUGGUGUCUCAGCACUUCAUCCAGAGUCGCUGGUGCAUUUUUGAGUAUGAGAUUGCUCAGACCUGGCAGUUCCUGAGCAGUCACGCUGGUAUCAUCUUCAUUGUCCUGCAGAAGGUGGAAAAGUCUUUGCUCCGGCAGCAGGUGGAGCUGUACCGUCUUCUCAGCAGGAACACUUACUUAGAGUGGGAGGACAGUGUCUUAGGGCGGCACAUCUUCUGGAGACGACUCAGAAAAGCCCUGCUAGAUGGUAAACCAUGGAGUCCAGAAGGAACAGCGGAUGCAGAAUGCAACUAAAAAGAAGCAGCAACUGCUAUCUAAAAAGGAAUAAAACUCUUGAGACACUUCUUGCCCAGCUGGGUCCAACACUUGUUCACUUAAGUAUUAAAUGCUGCCACACAUCAGACACUAUAAGGGUAAGUGAUUCUGGAAUGCUCAGGAUAGACAGG